CACCUGCACCAUCCUCAUUCACAGGUGGAAGUAGUGGUUCUGUAGAUUCUCUUUGCAGGGAGUGUUGGGGAUUUUGUGUUAUUAGAAUGAAAGUGGCAAGACGUCAUUGGAGAUUUGUUCUCUUUUUCAGCAAUGUCCCUGAGGUUGUCAGCACUCUAUAAAUGGGCUUGUCUGAAGCACUAACCAAAAUUGUGUUAAGAUGUCAAUUCAUGGGCCUCAUGAUAAAACUACAUUAGAAAUCACAAUUUCUAAAUUGAUAGGUAAAACUGCAAGACUGCCAUUUUUUAAUUUAAUGAAUUUGAAUAUAUAGGGCUCAGUGACCUAUGAAGAUGUAACUGUGAUAUUCACUCAAGAGGAGUGGGCACUAUUGAAUCCUUCAGAGAAGAAACUCUACAGAGAUGUGAUGUGUGAAAACUUCAGAAACUUUCUCUCAAUAGAAAAGAUACAAGAACAUUCCACCAAAGAGCAGCAUAACUUGCCUGGGAGUAAACAAAGUAAUACAACAGUGAAUAUCUCUGAGGGCAAAAAAAGUCAGAAUGGUAGAAAAUCUCAAGAAUGCGAAGUACACAACAAAUUAUUCACUUAUUCUAAUCAUCUUCAACAACAUGAAAGAAUUCACAGUGGAGAGAAACCAUAUGUAUGUAAACUAUGUAGUAAAGCAUUCAGUUAUUCCAGUCAGCUUCGUACACAUGAAAGAACUCACAGUGGAGAGAAACCCUAUGAAUGUAAACUAUGUAGUAAAACAUUCAGUCAUUCCAGUACUCUUCGGAUACAUGAAAGAAUUCACAGUGGAGAGAAACCCUAUGAAUGUAAACUAUGUAGUAAAACAUUCAGUCAUUCCAGUACUCUUCGAACACAUGAAAGACUUCACAGUGGAGAGAAACCCUAUGAAUGUAAACUAUGUAGUAAAACAUUCACUGAUUCUAAUACUCUUCGGUCACAUGAAAGAAUUCACAGUGGAGAGAAACCUUAUGAAUGUAAACUAUGUAGUAAGACAUUCAGACAUUCAAAUACUCUUCGGAAACAUAGAAGAACUCACAGUGGAGAGAAACCCUAUGUAUGUCAACUAUGUAGUAAAACAUUCAGUUGUUCUGGUAAUCUUCGGAUACAUGAAAGAACUCACAGUGGAGAGAAACCCUAUGUAUGUAAACUAUGUAGUAAAACAUUCAGUUAUUCCAGUCAGCUUCGUACACAUGAAAGAACUCACAGUGGAGAAAAACCUUAUGUAUGUAAACUAUGUAGUAAAGUAUUCAGUUAUUCCAGUCAGCUUCGUACACAUGAAAGAACUCACAUUGGUGAAAAACCCUAUGAAUGUAAACUGUGUAGUAAAACGUUUGGAAACUCCAGUAAUCUUCGGUCACAUGAAAGACUUCACAGUGGAGAGAAACCCUAUGAAUGUAAACUAUGUAGUAAAACAUUCAGUAAGUUCAGUACUCUUCGAUCACAUGAAAGAAUUCACAGUGGAGAGAAACCUUAUGAAUGUAAACUAUGUAGUAAGACAUUUAGACAUUCCAGUACUCUUCGGAAACAUACAAGAACACACAGUGGAGAGAAACCAUAUGAAUGUAAACUAUGUAGUAAAACAUUCCGUUGUUCUGGUAAUCUUCGGAUACAUGAAAGAAUUCACAGUGGAGAGAAUCCCUAUGUAUGUAAACUAUGUAGUAAAACGUGCAUUUCUUCCAGUCAUCUUCGGAUACAUGAACGAACUCACAGUGGCGAGAAACUCUAUGUAUGUAAAGUAUGUAGUAAAGCAUUCGGUCAUUCCAGUACUCUUCGGACACAUGAAAGAAUUCACAGUGGAGAGAAACCCUAUGUAUGUAAACUAUGCAGUAAAGCAUUCAGUUAUUCCAGUCAGCUUCGUACACAUGAAAGACUUCACAGUGGAGAGAUACCCUAUGUAUGUAAACUAUGUAGUAAAGCAUUCAGUUAUUCCAGUCAGCUUCGUACACAUGAAAGAACUCACAGUGGAGAAAAACCCUAUGAAUGUAAACUAUGUAGUAAAACAUUCGGAAAAUUUAGUAAUCUUCGGUCACAUGAAAGACUUCACAGUGGAGAGAAACCCUAUGAAUGUAAACUGUGUAGUAAAACAUUCAGUGAUUUCAGUACUCUUCGGUCACAUGAAAGAAUUCACAGUGGAGAGAAACCUUAUGAAUGUAAACUAUGUAGUAAGACAUUUAGACAUUCUAGUACUCUUCGAAAACAUACAAGAACUCACAGUGGAGAGAAACCCUAUGAAUGUAAACUAUGUAGUAAAACAUUCCGUUGUUCUGGUAAUCUUCGGGUACAUGAAAGAACUCACAGUGGAGAGAAUCCCUAUGUAUGUAAACUAUGUAGUAAAACAUUCAUUUCUUCCAGUCAUCUUCGAUCACAUGAACGAACUCACAGUGGAGAGAAACUCUAUGUAUGUAAAGUAUGUAGUAAAGCAUUCAGUCAUUCCAGUACUCUACGGACACAUGAAAGAAUUCACAGUGGAGAGAAACCCUAUAAAUGUAAACUAUGUAGUAAAACAUUCAUUUGUUCCAGUAGGCUUCGAAAACAUGAAAGAAUUCACAUGAAAGGAUUCCGUUACUAUCUAUCUAAUAAUGACAACAUUAAUAAGAACAGUAAUUACUAAAGAAACAAUAAAAUAAUUUUAAGACAACCUUUUAUAAAAAUAUAAAAGAAAAAUAGUUCUUACCAGUGUAGGCAUUUUAGAAUGACUUUACAGACCUAGGAAGGACCUUUAGUGAAUGUAAAACAGUGAAAUAAUAAUGGCUGCUACAAUAUGUUAAUCUUUAUUUCUUUUUGCAUAACUUGUAUUU